GCAAGUGGCAGCAUAAGGUCGUUUCCUCCUUUGUACCUUUUCACUUAUAUUACCGGAACACCCCACUGCCGAGAUAAACAUUCCCUCAUUCAGGCUGUGCAGAUGAUGCAAGAUACUCUGCUGCGAGUGUUUGUGGUGGCUGCAGGUCUCCUGUUGUGUCCUCGGGACAAUCCAGGGGUUGAGGAAUGGGACGAUGCCGUCGACGAUGAUUUGCAAAAGCACGAGCAAAUGCUGCUGAAAGGGGAAGAGAAACUAGUCCAGCCAUCAGCACCUGUCGGUUACAAAAUAACAGAACCUCAAGGUGACAUAAAUAACAAUCCAGAGCAACAGAAUCAGUCCAAUCAACAGGCCAAAGAUGAAGCGUUGGACUCAGACGUGGCUUUCACUGAGGGAGGAACUUUUGAUCCCAAAUUACCAGUGGGACACAUGACAAGUAAAUCUGCUACCGUGAAUCUGACUGAAAAUCCUGACAAUCAGGAGGGAGAGGAUUUAAGAAGUGGCAGCUCAGAACAAGACUCUCUGCAGGGACAUCGUGAGAAGCCAGAAGGAGCAACGAUCCACCCAAAAGAUCGAGACUCACCUGCCUCACAUGUCCACAGCAAGACAGAAAACGAAACCUCAGAGAAAGGGAUUGCAGAAUGGGAGAGGGAUUAUCUCUGGUACAUCUGGAACACAUUCUCCAUCAUUUCCAUAAUGCGCUUCUUCAGGAAAUACCUGAAGAGAAAUGUCCAAACAGAUCAGGAAGAGACCAGGAUCUCCCCCCGCAGACCUGCUAAAGUGUCGCUGCCUGACGCUGAAACUCUGCGGAGCUUUUAUGCUCAAUGUGCUCAGGCCUCAGCUGAGAAAAUGUUGAGGGAGAAGGAAUUUUUGGAAGGAUUCGCAAAUGACCUCUUGGAGGCCAUGAGGACGGUUUGUGAAAACGACGGCAGCAUGUUGAUUGAGGACUUUCAGAUGGUGAAAGAGCGUGACAUCAUUGUUCACUUUGCUCCAUGCAAACCAUACAGUGUCCGCUGCCUGCUCAGGAACAACCCGGUGAGUGAUCCGCUGCUGGACACGCAAGUCUGCGGUCAGAUGAAACUCCUGAAAGAAGAGAAAGUCCCAAACGGCUGCCCCUGCCAGUCCGCCGACGCAGACGACAUGGUUUGCCUGCUCCAUUCGGAGAGCGACAAAGCAAAAACAAAAGUGGCUGAUGCCUUCAACGGACCACUGUGCAGCAAGAACACUCCUUUUCUGUCAAAAUCGAAGAUCACCCGGUGGUUUCAGAACACAGUCAAACAAGCCUGGGCACAGAUCUCACACAAAUACGAGUUCGAGCUCAGCAUCCGCUACGCUGAGACUCCAGGCGCCCUGGUGGUUCGCUUCAAGUCAGGGAGGAAGAUCAACUUCAGCUUGAAGCCAGUGGUUAAGUUCAACACAGAAGCUCAUUUCUGCAUCACACCCUGGUCCUCCAGAGAGGAUGAGGACACUUUCUGGGCGCUGUCGCUCUCCGUCUACGAAGACCGCCUCCUGGAACAUCUCUCCAAACGCCUCCCUGUGAACUCCUGCCAUGAUCAAAUUCUUGAAAUCGCCUCCUUCCUUCAUAGGAGACAGGAAGCGCUGACUGGGAAGACUGCACUAAAGGACUUCCAUUUCAAAAUAGCAUUAAUGCACCUUCUGCUGACCAAGAAAACAUCGCAGUGGCAACCAAACUUUGCUGCCUGCAGGCUACAAGACCUGCUGAGCUUUGUGGAGGAAAGUCUUAAGAGGAAGCGCCUGACCCACAUUCUCGUUGGCAACCCUCUGGCUGGGGUUACUGGACUGCCUAAAGAAAUCUGCAGAGCAAAGCCAGUGAACCUGUUUCAUCUCUUUGUGGAAGAAGACUGGGCAUAUAAGAAUGCCUUCAUGCAUUGCCAGGAGAUGUGUCAAAAUGCCCACAUGUUGAUACAUGAAUAUGUUGCUCAGCCUCGGGCUGGCACAAAAUCCUCUGCUUAAGACUGUGUACAGUUAGACACUUUUUUUUCAUUUUUUAUUUUUUCGAAUAAUCAUGUAAAUGCAGGCGCAUCUUAAUUACAGAAUAACAAGAAGGGAGUCUAAUCAGAGGGAAACUUGCUACAUUGGCUUUGGACUUGUUAGUACUCAGCGGACUUGCACCUGCAGACACGGCUCCUUGAAUCAACACAGGUUUCUGUUGUUCCUGUUUUUUUGUACGCUUGACUUUUUUUUUCUCCCUCUCAACUCUUCAUUUACAUGCUUGCUUGCAGGACUCUGAACAACGAGGUUCUUUAGCCGUUACGUUUUGUGACUGUCUGCUGGAUUGCUGUCAACUCAGUCUUCCCCCUGAUUGUGCAGAGCAGAGCAACAUUUCCUGACCAACUGAAUUUUGCAUUUCCACUUUCUGUAAGCCUUUUCCUCUAAAUUAACAGGAAUGCUUGAAAUACAUCAGUCUUAUCCAGAUUUCAACCAAAUUAUUAAAAUACAAAUGUUUUGUUGGUAUUGGUAUAUCAUGUGAUGAGUCCAUGCAUAAAGCAUUUAUUUGAAAAAGAUUAUUACAUUUUAGAUUUCAUCAAAGUCUUGGAAGUACAUUUGCUUCUUCUUACUGGGAUCUCCCCCCGCAGACCUGCUAAAGUGUCGCUGCCUGACGCUGAAACUCUGCGGAGCUUUUAUGCUCAAUGUGHUCAGGCCUCAGCUGAGAAAAUGUUGAGGGARAAGGAAUUUUUGGAAGGAUUCGCAAAUGACCUCUUGGAGGCCAUGAGGACGGUUUGUGAAAACGACGGCAGCAUGUUGAUUGAGGACUUUCAGAUGGUGAAAGAGCGUGACAUCAUUGUUCACUCGGUGGUCAUCUUUUGAGGAGACCUCAGUAAACCGUCAAAUUUAGUUUCUUAAAUUAAACUUUACUUUCAAAGUCAAUCUUCCAAGAGCGACUGGAGAUUAUUUUCUUUGGUGCUUCUGGGUAAAAAGACGCUUCAUAUUCCAAACGUUAAUGUCUUACAGAGUGCAAUUUUGAUUGUGCAAGAUUAUAAUUUUAUUUCAAGGAGGACAUCCAUCACCGGCAUGGACUUUUACCCAGCUCAAGAUAAGAGUUACUUAAGAGUUAAUUACAGGUCUGUGUAAAGGACUUUCCGUGCCAUAGUUUGAGAACACCAUCCUGCUGAUGGGGAUGUUGAUUCACAGCAGUUGCACACUUAGUCCUUACCAUAGAGUUUCUUCCAUCUGGUGCACAAGCAGGAUUAUCCACUCAAAAGAUUGUUAAAGCUUCUAUAAUUCUGCACUAAAACAUGUCUGCAGCUGCUAAUAAAAUCCACCGCAGCCAAGUUUAGCAACCUACUAGCACGGUCAUAAUUGCAAGUGUUCUGAUUUGGGCAUGGGGUAUGUUGGCUCUUAAAAUAAAAUUCCUGCUAGACAAUGCAUCUCAUUUUUAAAGCACAUCUUUUGUUUACCAGUAUGCAGCUCUUAUUGGUUUGUGUUGCCCGUUCAGAAAUGGUGGAAGCUCUAGACCGUCUUGGAGUCACAAUGAGGGAAUUUUGAUUGUAUGGGCUUGCCAUCAGUUUGACAAAAUUACACUUUUGUAAUUGUUCCCAAUCAAGCAGUUUAAUUUUAACCCAAAUACUUCACUAUUUACCCUUGAUUGAUGACAAGGUGAGCAGAGGUCUUGGAGUUACAAAGCACUUUUUAAUGUUCAUCCUUUCCUCCUCGCUGUUUGUUUUGUUAUGUCUGUUGGCUUCAAAGUACAUCGGAUCUCCUAAAGUUGUAGAUUUUGUUUCCUGAUGCUGCAGAAAAACUGAACUCACAUCAAACCAAUUCAAAGGGUUUUCCACAGACAGGUCUGACGAGUGUAACUGGGCCAACUGUAUUAGCUGGAGGGUUUGUGAGUACUUAAGUUGUAAACAAACUGUUUGGUUGCAUGUAAAUAAAACAUUUCA